CCGAGCUGGGGGCAGUAGACGCCAGCGUGUGGCCGGCGAGUCGCGGGGACUCGGCGUCCACCUGCCAAGGGCGGCGCCGGGGCGGGGCUGAGAUGCGGCGGGAGGUGACGCACGAGCCACCCUGAUCCCCGGCUCCCGCCCGGCGCCCACCCAGGCCCAGACCCUGCAGGCAGGUGCCCGCCGCCCCUCGAAGACCAGGAAGGAGGGUUUCCUGGAAGCCUGCAUCCUAGGUGGCGAAGCAGCUGCGGAGAAGCAAGAAUAUUUGUUCCCUCGUUCUGCAGGCUUCUGUUGCCAUAGCAACCAGCAUUUGGGACAAGCCCUGGUUAAAAAUGGUCUCCAGGAUGCUGUCCAUCACACUUGCCGGCUUACUGUUCUGGCUGGCAUUUGGCUCCCUGCCAGCAUCUGCAUAUAGCCCUCGGACCCCUGACCGGGUCUCAGAAACAGACAUCCAGAGGCUGCUUCAUGGCGUUAUGGAGCAGCUGGGCAUUGCCAGGCCCCGGGUGGAGUAUCCAGCCCACCAGGCCCUGAACGUCGUGGGCCCACAGAGCAUCGAAGGAGGAGCUCAUGAAGGUCUACAGCACUUGGGUCCUUUUGGCAACAUUCCAAACAUUGUGGCCGAGUUGACUGGUGACAACAUUCCCAAGGACUUCAGUGAAGAUCAGGGCUACCCAGACCCUCCAAACCCAUGUCCAGUUGGAAAAACAGUAGAUGAUGGAUGUCUAGAAAACACCCCGGACACAGCAGAGUUUAGUCGAGAAUUCCAGUUGCACCAGCACCUUUUUGAUCCAGAACAUGACUAUCCGGGCUUGGGAAAGUGGAACAAGAAACUCCUUUACGAGAAGAUGAAGGGAGGACAGAGACGCAAGCGAAGGAGUGUCAAUCCGUAUUUACAAGGACAGAGGCUGGACAACGUUGUCGCAAAGAAGUCAGUGCCCCACUUUUCAGAGGAAGAUAAGGAAUCAGAGUAAAGUGAAGACAUCGGUGGAAGCUCCCCCGCAGCAAGGCAUGGGUGUUGCUAUGUGCAUGCGCAUCAUUCUUCAAGCCUCUGUGAGCGGCAGCAUGUUUCUCAUUUAGACAAGGAUGGAUGAAAAGCAGCUGUAUUUUGAUACUGUGCUGUCUUUUCUCUGAUAGCUCUGCUUUCUGCUAAAUUAGGAUAAGAGCUUUUUUUCUUUCUUUUUAAAUGUGGAGUUGCCAUGAGCAUUAAAAUUAAAGUGUGUAUGUCAACAGCUCUAAAAAGCAAAACAAUGAAUGAAAUGUCCUCAGAUUUCUUGCAGUUUAAAUGGUGAUUUGCGUUUUACUGUUUUGGCCAAGUCUGUAAAAAGCCAGCAUUUGAUUUUGAUUAUGUUGUUCAUCUAGCCCUUGGGUGUUAUUACACACCAAUAAAGAAAGUUGUGCUCCAGAGGAGUGGACACAUUUCACUGGCUGCAUUUUAAUAAACGUGAUUGCAAGCA